AUAAAUAUUAGAUCUAUAUUCUAUAUUUAAAUAUAUCAAUUAUUAUGAAUUAUCAAUACUAUUCAAUAGUAAUUUUUCAUAUGAUAAUUCGUAUAUCUAGAUUCUAGGGUUCUAGCCCUAGGUCAAUCUAGGACUAGAUCUAGACUAGUAUAAUCUACUUCUAAGUUCUACUAUACUAUACUGUGUAUAGACUAUACUUAAUACUAUAGUAACUAUAAUCAAUAGUAAUACUGAGUCUGAGUAAACUCUACUAGAUCUAGAAUCUAGUUAGUUAUUUACUAGACUAGAUUAUAAAUAUCAUAUGAUUACUAGAUAAAAGUAGAUUAGCAUGCCUCAUCAUAUGAUUAUUAUGAUGAGUAAUUUCAGUAGAUAUUAGAAUAUGAUUGGUUCUAUAAUGAUAUCUAGACUAGAGUAGAGUCUAAGUCUUUAUUAAAUUUUAUAUUUUCUAGAUCUAUCUAGAUCUAGACUCUAGACAAUCUAGUCAAUCUAGAUCUAGAUCUAGACUAUUCUAGACCUCUAGACCUAGAAUCUACUUUCUAGAUUGAAAAUUCUAGACCUCUGCUCUAGAUCUAGUCUAGUAGUAGAUCUAGAAUAGAUCUAGAUCUAGUAGUCAAGAUCAACUUUUUAAAAUUCUAAUUUUGUCAUGACAUUGUAAUUAUAAUUUGUGACUGGUCUCUUAAUUGAAUAUGAAUCUGCUUUUGACUUAUUAUUUGAUGUUAAAUUAAAAAAGGAAUGUCAGCAAUUAAGUCCAGUUCCGCUGAACAGGACACAGCUCAAACCCAUUCUAACCAAUCAGAAUCUCUAACAAUCAUUGAUCAAGUUACGGAGAGUACCAGAAAUCUUUUGCAAAGCAAUGGUUUCAAUGACAAUCAUUUAAGCUCCACUAGAGCAGAGCCCUUUGAUUGCUCUAAGAAUAUACAUCCAUGUUUCACAAACCAGGAAGGCCAUGAUCAUGUCGAGAAAAGGUCUGACAGUGCUUCAUCAUUAAGUGACAAAAAAACACAGGAAGUUACCAGAAACAUGAAUAAUUCAAGAGAAGAUCCCCUGUUCCUAAAAAAAGACAAUAAUGGAUCAGACAGUGAUAACAGCAAACAAGUUAACUUAAUUAAUCAGCUCAUAGAAGGACCACGCAUUACCAUACCUCCUUCUCAGCUGCCAAUCAAAUCCUCAAAUGCACCUUUUCAGAGCUCUAGCACAGAGAAAAACAAGGAUAACAGGAAUGAUUGUGACAAUACUUUGUAUUCAGAUAAAAUGGGCACUAGUUCUACAUCAUCAGUAGAGCCAGUAUCUGAUGCAAAUAAACAGCCACCUUCCCAAGCUGUUGUGGAUAGUAAAUCAAAAGCCAAGAAAACACCUAAUGAUUUUAUAUUUGGGAAGGUCAUAGGUGAAGGUUCAUACUCAACAGUCUAUCUUGCCAAAGAAGUCAGUACACAAAAGGAAUUUGCAAUAAAAGUAUGUGACAAGAAGCAUCUAAUACGUGAACGUAAAACUCACUUUGUCAUGAGAGAAAAAGAAGUACUGAUGAAAUUGGAUCAUCCAUUUUUCAUCAAAUUGGCUUAUACUUUUCAGGAUACUGAAAGAUUAUAUUAUGUUUUGACCUAUGCACGUAAUGGUGAGUUACUGGUUUAUCUCCACAAGUUAUCAGCAUUCGAUGUUCCUUGCACCAGGUUUUACACUGCUGAGAUAGUCCUAGCUCUGGAAUAUUUACAUAGUUUAGGAAUCAUUCACAGAGAUUUAAAACCUGAGAACAUUCUACUAGGUGAAGAUAUGCACAUCAAAAUCACAGAUUUUGGAACAUCAAAAAUAUUGUCAUUAGAUGGUAGUUCAGAAAACACUGAACAGAAACGUAAAAACUCUUUUGUGGGCACAGCAGAGUAUGUGUCACCAGAAGUACUCAAUAAUUUGCCAGCUAAUUUUGGGUCUGAUCUAUGGGCUCUAGGUUGUAUAAUUUACCAAUGUCUUUCUGGCUCAUUGCCAUUUCGAUCUGGCAAUGAGUAUCAAACUUUUCAGAAAAUUAUUAAAGUGGACUACGAGUUCCCUGAAGGUUUUCAUCCAGAGGCAAGAGAUUUGGUGGAGAAACUAUUGGUUUUGGAACCUGUAGAUCGUCUUGGAAUGCCUCAGUCUGGGGGAAUGAAAGCCAUCAAAGAACAUCCGUUUUAUGCAGAAAUAGAUUGGGAAAACUUACCACAAUUGACGCCUCCAAAAUUAAUGCCCUACCUGCCUGCUACAGCUAGUAAUCCUGAGUUUUGGGGCCAGGAACUUAGGGCUGGAUUUGAUGACCAGAGAUUAGCAGAAAUAAUCACAGGACAAUCUGUGGAUGGUUCAAUGUCUCCUGAACUAGAGGAACUUCCUGUCAAAGUUCUCAGUGCUGAUGAGGAUAAGGAAAGAAAAGACAAAUUGAGAAAACAGAGAGAAGAAAAUCAAUUCCAUCAAUUUGUUGAAGACAAUCUCAUAAUUAAACAAGGAUUUGUGGAUAAAAGAAAGGGAUUGUUUGCCAGAAAAAGAAUGUUAUUAUUAACAGAAGGACCUCAUUUGUACUAUGUAGACGCCCAUAAUAAAGUUCUUAAAGGAGAAAUACCUUGGUCAAGACAUCUUCGACCAGAAGCCAAAAAUUUCAGAAUAUUCUUUGUCCAUACACCCAACCGGACAUACUAUCUUGAAAGUCGGACCUCUGAUGCCCAGCAAUGGGUUGAAAAAAUCAAAGAAGUUUGGACCAAACAUUAUGGACAAGACAAGAAAUAAUAGCUGUUUUAGCCUCAUCCUGAAUGACAACAUAUCAAGCAUUAAGGAAAGCUAUUUGAUUCAAUUUUUAAAAGAAACAAUUGCUCAAAAAUAAUGGCAAACAUAUUUAUAUAGAGUAUCAGAUCAAUAAGAGUCUAGAUUUAAGCUGUUCUUCACAUGGAGCAUUGUAUAUCGUGUGUACAAAGUUGAAUAUGAUACCUUGGUAAAUUGUGGUGGCACACAUAUUGAUCAUAAUAAAAUAAUAAAUACAUUAUAUAUUUUGUAAAAUACAUAUAAAAGUAUUUAUAAUGUGUCAGUCCCCAUUAUGCAGGAAAUAAUAACACCUUUUGUUUAGUAGUGAAAUCCCCUUUUUUAUAAUUGAAGAAAAAAAAAGAAAACUUGAGGUAUGCUUAUCAGUAUGGGAAAGUAUUAAGAAACAUAUAUUCACUAUUGCAAUAAUAUGUCACAGACUUGUUCUAUGCAUUGGCCAAGUCAUUGUUGUGGUAGAUCACUUUAAGGCUUAUCUGUUCCUAAUAAGAGCCUUGAUCAUUUUCUACUUCACUUUUCUCUGCUUGACAAGUCAGGCACUCCUUCAUUCUGCUUAGUUAACUCACAUUGAUUCUGGAUAAGUGCUUUGAUUUUUAUGACAUUGUUUGAUUGUAUAAACUAACUAAAACAAGUCUCGCUGCCAACUAGAAGGUAAUAAAUGGCAUUUGGAGGCAUACAUUUUGAUUUCAUAGGUCUCAUUUUCCAUAGUUCUAUUUUUUUUUUCUUCCUAUAUGUAACAUUUUGCUAUUUAUCAACUGUGUCGUUUUAUUAUCUGUAUUUGUUAUCAAUUGAAAUUAUUUUAGGCGCAAAUGAUAAGGAAUUUUUUUAUUCCUGGAGCAUAAUCCUUUAAUUAAACACAAAUUGUCUGCAUGGCUGUAAGUUUUGUUACCCAUUCUUGUGAGGACCAAGUUGAAUUGUUCUAUUCUACUGUUUCACCAGUUUACUGAGUUUACACUGGAGUUGUGGUUCACUUCGAUAGGUUGUGCUGGUUUCAGUCCUCCAAGUAUUGGAGAUAGGGUUUUGUUUGGAUAGAUUUUAAGGGAAUAAUUUUGUGGUAAUAAGUUGAUAAUGCAAAACAUGGUUUAAAUAACUGAAAAAAACUUUUACCUGAUUCAUAAUAAAUGAAAUAGGAACAACUGAACAUACACUUCUUGAGAGCAAGAAUAGUUGCAUUUAUUAUAUAGCACAUAAAACAAUUAGUAAAUAUGGGCUUAAAUUUUUUAUUUUAUUUUAUAGCACACACUGGUAUUUACAAAUGUUAUAAGCCAAGAGUUCUUGUAGCAAUACUAAUGUUUCAGAUUGUUUCCAUAGCACUCCUGAGGCUUAAUAAUUUCAUGCAUUGUUUGGGGGCUCACUUUCCUUUAGUCUACCCAGUUGAGCAGGUGGUUUGUUUCUAAUGCAUAUUACAUUUUGUUUUUUUCUGGCACAUGAUUCUGUUAAAGCUUACUUGAUUGCAUUGUUUGCCAAUUUAUUUCCAUGUGAAAGCCAGUAAUUAUAAAAGUGAUUACACUACUGUCAAUGUGAGCUUAACACUAUUGUCAAUGUGAGCUAUCUGUCAAGUCACAGUGAACAUUGGAGUGGGUAGAUAGACUUUUCUUUCAAUGGCAAGUAUUUUCAAGCAUUCAUAUUGUGCUCUACACAGUUGCUUUGUUGCUUAGUUUAAGUAGGUGAGUUUGUCAUCAAACAAUCAGCCUCUGCUGGGCUCUUUGAGAAGAGUGUUGUAAAGUUAAUGUUGAAAACAUAGUACCUAAGUAUCCCAGACCAAAAGUUCAGCUAUGAGUGUAAGCUGCUCUAAAUUGGGUUUUCAAUGUAACUUAUUUGGCUGCUUUGCCCAACUAUUAAUAUAAAAAAAAAAAAAGGCAGCAUCAAUUUUGUUUUUGUUUGUCUAUUGGGUGUCACUCAUUACUUGGACUAAUUUAAGUUCAAAAGAAAUCAGUUUUUAAAGUUAAUUCUUUUAGAUAGCUUAAUUAAAAUUUAUCAGGCUAAUCAAAACAUAAUGAAAACAUUUAAAUGCAGUAAUUAUAAUAAUUUUUGUCAACAUGUUGCAGGAUAGUUGGUUUUUUUUAGCAUUUUACAAUCAUAACAUCUUGUUUCAUUUAGAAUCUAAAAGCUUUGAAAGCUGACAUUUGUGAUAUUUUUUUUUAGAAUAUCCUUUUUGACAUGUCUUGAAUUAUUAUUUGUAUGUUAUCUUGCUACUCAAAAUAUAUAUUUCACUUGGUCAAUGUC